UGAUGUUUACUUCAUGUUUUGUUUGGAAUUAAGCAUAAAAACGAUGAAAUUAUAAAUGUAUUACGUGGAGAACAUCUUGCGUAGUAUAUAUACGUAUCUUUUAUAUUUAUUGUAUAUCAAGAAUGAGUGAGGAGUUUACAACUAUUAGUAAUAAUACUGACGAUAUUCCGAUUUUAACUGAAGGUUGCAGGAUGCCUGUUCGAAUGAGAAAUCUUGAUGAAACACUGUUAUCUGAGAUUAUGAGUAUUAAAGAAACUCCUGAUGGAAAAACAUUGUAUUAUAUACAUUACAUUGAUUAUAAUAAAAGAUUAGAUGAAUGGGUUGAGAAGGAAAGAUUAGAUUUGACAAAAGUUCAGUUGCCUAAAAAAGAAGUGAAAACACCAUUAAAAGAUAUCAAAAAUGGUUCUCGCCCUUGUUCUCCUGAUAGAGAAAUAGUUAUCAAAGAAGAACCCAUACCUUUGCUACAGAAUGGGAAUACUGCAACAAAAAAAGUUAUUUCUGGGAGAAAAAGAAAAGGACCCUCAGUUACUGAAGAAUUGAAUGCUAGUGAUUCUAAAGAUGCAGCUCCAAGUCCUCGUAUAACUGGGAGUUUAGUAGCCCAUCAUGAUGAUUUAAUAACACGAAUGAAAAAUAUAGAGAUGAUAGAAUUGGGUGGUCAUAUGAUUAGACCAUGGUAUUUUUCACCCUACCCACAGGAACUUGUGAGUUUGCCCUGUAUAUAUUUAUGUGCAUUUUGUUUAAAGUAUGUGAAGUCCAGAGUAUGUCUGAGAAGGCAUUUGGCAAAAUGUAACUUGCGUCAUCCUCCAGGAAAUGAAAUUUAUAGAAAGAACUCAAUCUCAUUUUUUGAAAUCGAUGGUCGAAAAAAUAAGGUAUAUGCUCAAAAUCUUUGCCUUCUUGCCAAAUGCUUCUUGGACCACAAGACUUUGUAUUAUGAUACAGACCCUUUUCUAUUUUAUGUAAUGACAGAAUUAGAUGGUAGUGGAUUUCACAUAGUCGGCUAUUUCUCAAAGGAAAAAGAAUCAAGUGAAGAUUAUAAUGUAGCUUGCAUUUUAACUCUACCACCUUAUCAAAGAAAAGGAUAUGGAAAAUUACUCAUUGAAUUCAGUUAUGAGCUCUCGAAAUUUGAAGGAAAGACUGGAUCUCCAGAGAAGCCACUUUCUGAUCUUGGCCUAUUGUCGUAUCGCAGUUACUGGUCGGAAACUAUUUUAGAACUUCUUAUCAAUGCCAAGCCCUUAGAGAAUUUUGAAAGACCCCAAGUAACCAUUCAAGAAAUUUCCGAGCAAACAAGCAUAAAGAAAGAAGAUGUCAUAUCAACUCUACAGUAUUUAAAUUUAAUCCAUUACUACAAAGGACAAUAUAUAAUUACUUUGAACAAAGAAGUCCUUGAAGCAUACAACAGGGCCGCUGCUAAAAGAAUUGUUCGAAUCGACUCAAAAGCAUUACAUUGGACUCCAAAAGAUUGGUCUAAAAGAGGAAAAUGGUAAUCUACUAAAGCACACAACUCAUUCACCUAAAAUAAAGAGAUACACAUGUCAUAUACCUACUCGUGGCCAAAGACAACAUACUAGCCACAUUUUAAAUCAAAGCUAUAUGUACAAAAAGUGGUGUGAUUACAAUGUCGCUUACCAAUCGAAUCUUACAGGUACCUGUAUGAUAAAGACCAAAACUGGAGUCACAAUACAAUAUGCAUAGAUCCUUAACUCUUAUUUUACUUAAAUUUAGACUGCAUGAAAACACGUUUAAAGGCAAAUAAAAUUUCCCAAAAGCUUUAAAUAAUUGCCCCACUUGCUGUAAAUCAAAGGACAACUGAAAAAGGUUAUAACAUUCUAAUCUGCUUAAUUCAAAUAAUAUUUAAGUUAUAAUUGUCAAUAAAGCAAGGUUGCCCUGUUCAAGAAAAAACAUUGCAGUUAGGUACCUAAGUUCAAAUAUUGCCAUUAUGGGAUUAUAUGACAUCUGUACUGCUUUUUCAUCACUUCACUAAGCUAUGUUGUAAUAUAUUUGUAAGCAUUACAAUGUAAAUAAAUUCUU